AUGGACCUGCCAAGUCCACAACACCCUCUGGACGACGCGUGCAGCGUCUUAUACAAUAAUACCCUUUUUAGUUAUUCGAGCGAGGGAUACCUCCAAUCUCUGGACCUGCAGAAGGGUGCGAAAUGGGGUGAGUUGCCGAUGGGAGUCCCGGUGAAAGGGGGCGUAUGUGUCAAGACGACACCACAGAAUAAUACGGACGCCAGUGCUCUGUGGAUAGUUGGUGGUUCCGCUGCGAAUUCCAAUUAUACUGGGUUGCAGCGCUUCACCUUUGCAGAUGGACAGUGGGAGACAAUUAAUUCCGACCCCCUUAUCACGAAGAACCGACUCUACCAUAAUGCCGUCUAUCUCAAUGCAUCCGAUUCCAUCUUGGUCUACGCUGGUACACAGGAUGGGACCAUGCAGCCCUCGACUCAGACCUUCACUAUCCAGGCGUCCGAGCCAUAUACGGUGUUGGCCUUUCGAUCCAUGGCACCGCCUGCAAUCUCGCCCUUGCUAAUGCCAUGGACGGACAGCCAGGCACUGAUGGUCUACGGUUCAGAAGCUAUGGUGUUCGAUCCUGCCUCAUCAUGGUUCAGCUCCGGCGCCAACUUGUCAGAGCCUUUACAGAACACCUCGACCAUCAAAUCUGUUCUCAUACAUGGUGACGAUGCGAGCAAGACCUUGUACACUUUCGACAUGGAGGUCUCCCCCAAUGUGGUGAAUCGAACGGCGCUUGUAGACGGCAAUGGAAAUCCUAUUAUGAACUCGAGACCGAUUGUUUCGAGGGCGCUGACGGGAUCACCAGAGUGGGAGGAGAGAUCGAACCGAGUGGAAAGAGAUUUGACGCUCGGUGACUGGCCAGCUUAUAAUGGUACUUUAGUACCCACAAGCACAAGAACGUCUUCCUCGCUCGCCGAAGGCGAGAACGGGCUCGUGGUGAUCUCUGGUGGGAAUCCACAAGAUGUACUGUGCAUGUUUCAGGCUAGGGAGAAUCGUUGGGUGAAUGCCACGGCAGUACUGGUAUCGGAAUCUUCAACACACCAUGGGUUGAAUACGGCCACGACAUCGUCAGCCUCGACUGCUUCGAAGGUUGCUUCGCCGAGCCAAAGUGCCGCCGGCGCCGCACCUCACCACUUCCCCACGAAAAUUCUGGUGGCUGUCCUUGUAUCGAUCAUUGGUGCGGCAUUCAUACUCCUGUUGGCCGUGUUAAUCCUCCGGGUACGACGAAGACGGAAGCAGUUCUCGGAGGCUGGCCACCUGCGACGUGCGAGCGGCAUCCCCAGUGAUGAGAAGGAUAGCUUAGAAUUUGCGGAUCGAGGACUCCCGCAGAUGAUUUCUGGUCGACAAUUUCUGGGUCACGCGCCGCAAACAUCACAAGGCUCGUACAGCUCAAUGUCGAUAUUGAUGGGCCGGGUGGCAGGCCAUAAGAGGGGCAAUGAUAAGGGGGAUGGCUCCGAAGCGAGCAGUCAGUUUAAUAGCAAGUACAAGGCGGAGAUUAGCAAGCCCAUACUGCAAGAGAGAUCUUUCGGUGGCUUGCCAUUGCCGGCUGGUGACAUGAAGGCAACUCCUUCUGUCGUGGUGGAGGAUCAAAGCACACCGGAUCGAGACCUGCCUCCCCCAAGACCCCGCUAUAGUAGAGGCGGACGUGGCGGGAGUAGGCGAACGAGCUCGGGAUGGGAUAGGUACUGGUCCGGUAGUGUAAGCACGAUGAAUAUUCUCGGGUUUGGUUCGAAACGGACCACCUAUAAUGAGGGAUCAGAUAGAGAUUCGGGUUCGCUAUAUUCCGAACAGCGGCACCCAAGUCAGCUCACGCAAACAUCGGCAACCGUGCCACCAUUGAGAAUCCCGGGACAGCCUGAGCUGAACCUUAAUAGGGUGGUAACAGGGAGUCCGACAAUGGCGCAUACUUCAAGGAAAUUCCCCCUGAGGAGCGCAAUGUCGGGCCAAAUCGAAAGAUCCGACUCAGUGAUUUCACAUUCUUCCUACGGGGACGAUGACCAACGAGAUGCCUAUUCCAGCGGCGUGCCCGAGAGCGUUCACGAACAGACUUCUUGGACACCUGUGGAUGGACCGCGCUGGGAUGAGCGGGUCCCGAGCAAUACGCAUACUGAAGGUGCGCAUGCUACGCCGCUGCCACGAAGCACAGUUGGGGAUUUCCCGGGCGAUUUCCCAAUGGACACGCCCUUCCCAGUGCCUCCGUCCACACGGCCACCGGCGCCGACAUCAUCGGACAUGAGCUGGCUGAACCUGGGGGGUAACUCGAAGGACUAG